GUUUCCCGAAACGCUAUUUUCUGAAUGACACAGGGGGCAUGGAUGGUCUUUCAUGAAAAGUUUAAGCGUCCUUAUACCAUGCUAAAUCUCAUUCGUAAGUACACGCGAAACAUCUACAGUUAUUCUGUUAGAAAGAUGCUUGUGAGAAAGACUUGUGGGAAAGGAGGUUGAGAUUCUGUAGGAUGACUGCCCGGGUUAUAAAUAAGGAAUAUAAAGGGGUUAUAUUUAAAUAAGGUUUAUUUAAUAAAUGGUGUAAUGAGGAUCAUAAAAGGGGCUUCUUUUGGCAUUUUUACGAGCGAAUUGCUGCUCCAAUGCUGUAGUCGCAGUAAUACCGACACGGCGCUGUCCGCGAUCAUUUUAUAUGUGCUGGGGUGAAAGCUGGGUUCCGUUUCAUGCCCACCCCUUUUAUUCUCUGCCUGUCCAGAUCGCUCAGUCUAAGCCGCAGUAUUGAUGCUGCGGAGCAUUCCUUUGUGAAGGCUCUUGGGCGUGAGUGAGAAAAAGAAAAUGCAGCAGCUUGUCUGCCACAGAGCCUGGUUGCGGCUGGUCGCUCUGCAACCCACAGUCCAGGGCCUGUCCCACAGCCCGGUGGCCCCCAGGCCCUGGACUGGGAAAGGGGGUCCCAGCCUGUGCUACGUCAGCACAUCAGAGGUAGCCAGAGCAGCGUCACCAACACAGGAGAGGAAGGACAUCCCAGAGCAGCCUGGCGACUCGGAUCCCCUUCAGGACAAGUCCAUCGGGCUGGUCCACCGCUUCCAGAAAAUGCUGAAACAGUAUGGGAAAGUCAUGAUCCCUGUGCAUCUGGUGACGUCUUCUCUGUGGUUUGGGGCUUUCUACUACACCGCCAUGAAGGGUGUGAAUGUGGUCCCGUUUCUCGAGUACAUCGGCCUCCCAGACAAACUCGUUGACCUCAUGGAAAAAUCUCAGAGCGGAUAUGCAAUUACCGCCUAUGCCAUGUACAAGAUCGCCACUCCAGCCAGGUACACCGUCACGCUGGCUGGGACCUCCCUCUCUGUGAAAUACCUCCGCAAGCAUGGCUACAUGUCGACCCCACCCCCAGUCAAGGAGUACAUACAGGACAAGAUGGAGGAGACCCGGGAGCGAUUUUCAGAAAAAAUGGAGGAAACCAAGGAGAGGAUUUCCGGGAGAAUGGAGGAGACGAAGGACAAGUUCUCAGAGAAGCUGCAGCAGACCAAAGACAAGGUGUCUUUCCGGAAGAAAGAUCAGGGACCCUAAACUUUGAUUUUAAUAUGAGUCUCCAGCGGGGGCGCAGUGACCCCAGCGUCCUGCUUGUGUUCCCAUCUCAGUCCUAGGAGCUCAAUUAAAGCUGCACUUAUCAUCUGCGAUUGUAAAAAGAAACACGCAAAAGAAACAUAAUAGAUGUCAGCGUUAUUAGAAGGGGGAAAAUGUAAACAUCAACUCAAAGGUCGGUGGGCUGAUUUAAUCCUGGGUCAGACUGCGCUGUGUGGUAACAGUCGUAUUUCUCUGUGUCCAUCUUUUAAAUGUUGUUCUGUGUACAUCGUUGUCGUUUUCUAUCCAUCGCUGAUAACAUCAUGAUCGUCGUGGAGUGGAUCGCAGGGUGUCAUUUUGUUUUUACUUUAGUUACACUAGAGUGCUUUGAAGUCUACGGAGUACCUCUUGUCCCGGUGAAGCCAUGUCAUUACCGUGUCCUCGCAGGGCGAUCAGGAGCUACCUCCCGUCAGCGGCUGAGGCUGGCAUUCUGGAGUGACUUUGACAGUGACUGUCCUGCAUGAUGGGCAGUAUAUAUGUCAGACAUGUCCGUUUGCACACGCAUGUUUAAUGUGCUGGCUGAGAAUGAAGGAUCAAUUAAAUCCGCUCUGCGACUGGCUAAAUCA